UACUACUUUUUAAGAGUCUACUUAAUCAUGCAACUGGCUGAGAAUGGAACUCUUUUGGAUUAUGUGCGCGAUAAGAAAUACCUAGAUGAGGCUCAGUCGCGUAAAUUAUUUCAGCAAUUAAUAAGUGCUGUAGAAUACAUUCACUCUAAAGGAGUGGUGCACAGAGAUAUCAAAUGUGAAAAUCUUUUACUGGAUGAAAAUUACAAUUUAAAACUAAUCGAUUUUGGGUUUGCACGCAAGGACACACGUACAAGUGAUCAACAGGUGAUAUUAUCGAAGACAUUUUGUGGCAGUUAUGCCUAUGCUAGUCCAGAGAUUCUAAAAGGUGUUGCAUACGAUCCAUUUCAGUCCGAUAUCUGGGCCUGUGGUGUGGUCUGCUAUGCCAUGAUAUUUGGUCGUCUACCUUAUGAUGGUUCUAAUGUACAUGUGCUAUUGAAACGUAUUAACUCUUCGUUGGUAUUCCCCAAAGUUCCGACAGCCAGCAGCGAGUGUAAACAUUUGAUUUUACAUAUUCUGGCUCCCUUGAAAAUGCGUUAUAAUAUUGCACAAAUCAAAGAAGAUCCCUGGAUGAAGAUGUCAUGAGAAGUCGGCAAAAAAUAGGAUGUGUUGUACAGGAGAGAUGAAGGUUUUUUGGAAUAAAUAUGAUAAAAAAAACAUUUUGGCUAAAUUUUCUUUUAAAUAUUUUUUUGGUUAAAUAAAAUACAAGAAUUUUAUAUUUAAA